GAGUCUGAACGCGAAGAGCUGACUUGUUGCUGUUCGUGCCGCCCUUUUUUUUUUCUCUCCUUCUCUUUCGUUUCCCGAUCCCUUUUCUGUGCUUUUAUAUCGCGCGCCCAGUUCGAUCUCCUUCCCACGCCGCCGUCCGCUCAGCGCUUGACCCUCGAUUAUUAAGGUUCUCUUUGUCGCUGACUCACCACUUCUGUUUUUUUGUUGUUGUUGCGCUCUCCUACUAUCAUCAUUAUCACGCUUGAUUUCACUUCCACGCCCGCUUUUUUUUCUUCUCCUCAAUCUACUUGCUGUUUCCGUCGUGGACGAUUUGCCGGUGCUGUAUACGCAGGCACCUACAAAAAGCCUCUACCGUGUGACAGAGCCACUCACACAAAGAGCAAUAUAUAUAUUUAUAUUUGCUGAAGUUUUCUUCUUCACUUUCCUUCUUCCUCUCCGCCAACAUGGAGCAGCUUAUCGGAGUUAUCAACGAGCUGCACGACGCCUUCGCCGGCGUCAAGAUGAACAUCAAGCUCAACCUACCGCAGAUCGCCGUCGUGGGUAGUCAGAGUUGCGGUAAGAGUUCCGUGCUGGAGUCGAUUGUGGGGAAGGACUUCCUGCCGCGUGGAUCGGGCAUCGUGACACGGUGCCCCCUCGUCCUGCAGCUGGUGCAGCUCAGUCAGAAGAACGAUGAGGAGUGGGGAGAGUUCUUGCACAUCCCCAACAAGAAGUUCUACAACUUCGGCGAGAUCAAUGAGGAGAUUACGCGCCGCACCAUCGAGAUGGCCGGCCCGUCCGCCAUUACCGACAAGCCGAUCAACCUAAAGGUGUACUCCCCCGCCGUGCUGAACCUUACCUUGGUCGAUCUGCCUGGUCUGGUGAUGAACGCGGUGGGUGACCAGCCGAAGGAUAUUGACCGCCAGAUUAAAGAGAUGGUCACCCGCUACGUAUCGCCCAAGAACACCAUCCUCCUCGCCAUCUCGCCCGCCAACACCGACCUCGCCACGAGCCAGUCGCUGCGCCUGGCGAAGCAGCUGGACCCGGAGGGGGUGCGCACGGUCGGUGUGCUGACCAAGAUCGAUCUCAUGGAUAAGGGCACGGACUGCUUCGAUGUCUUGACGAAUAAGGUCCUACACCUGCGCCACGGCUUCGUCGGGGUGGUGUGCCGCAGUCAGCAGGACAUCAACGACCGCAAGUCGAUGGACGAGGCCCGCCAGGCAGAGCACGAAUUCUUCGCGAACUCGCCCAUCUAUGCCCCCAUCGCAGAUGAGUGCGGGACCGCGUACCUCAGCAAGAAACUGAACAACCUGCUGCUGGAGCACAUCAAGGCUGUGAUCCCUGAUCUGAAGCGCCACGUUGACCAGCUCAUGGAGGCGACGAAGAAGCAGAUGGAGAAGCUCGGCAUGUUCGACCAGGACAUCACCGAACCGAGUGCGCAGCUGCUGUCCCUUAUCAAGGUGUUUAGUGACACGGUGAACCAGACUAUUGAUGGCGGCAUCACCGACGCCACGAAGGAGUUGCUGGGCGGUGCGCGGCUGGACUACAUCUUCCACGAGUGCUUCGCCACCUACGUGACCAGCCUUAGCGCGAAGAAGGACUUGACCGAUGACUACAUUCGCAUCAAUACCCGUAACAUGGCCGGUAUGCACGCCACCCUCUUCCCGUCCGAUCAGGUCUUCGUGGCCCUGUCGAAGCAGCAGAUCAGCCGCCUCGAGGAGCCGUCCAUCAAGUGCGUCACCUUUGUCUACGAGGAGCUGCUGAAGAUUAUCGACAUCUGUGCUGGCAAGGUGGACCGCUACCCGAACCUGAAGGAGGCGGUGAUCGCGAUUUGCCAGAAGAUGCUGUUGGAUUACCGCAUCCCGACUUCGGCGCACGUGCGCACCAUCAUUAACGCCGAGCGCGGCUUCAUCAACGUGAAGCACCCCAUGAUGGAGGAGUUGGCGCAGCGCGCCUUCGUCAACAUCUACGGCACGCCGAGCGGGCAGCCGAACCAGCAGCAGGGACAGGGCCAGGGGCAACAGCAGGGGCAGAUGCAGAAUCCGAACGGCGCGAAUAGCUCCGCCCCGGCGAACGACCCGAAGCAGUAUGGCAAGGACGCGAAGAAGGAUGAGAAGGGCAAGAAGGACGACAAGAAGAUUGAGAAGCCGAAGGAUCAGGGCUGGAUCGACACACUAGCGGGGGCGGGCGACAGGUCGGACAUGAACGACGUUCCCUCACGCAUUAUGCUCGGUAACAGCAUGACCAUGCACGAGCAGCACAUGAACAACGCCAUUCGCGAGAUGGUGGAGGGCUACUUCGCGAUUGUGAAGGGCAACAUUGCCGAUCAGGUGCCUAAAGCGAUUACAUUGCUCAUGAUCACCCGCCUGCGCGAGGAGGUGUACGCGCGCCUGGUGCGUGAGCUGUACUCUGAGAAGACCGCCAAAGCGCUGCUGGCGGAGCCGCCGGGGAUUGCGGCGCAGCGCAAGGCCGCGAAGGAGAUGCUGGAAGCGCUCACCAAGGCACAGAAUGCCCUCAACAGCGUGCGCGACUACCAGCUGGCCAAGGACCCAACGACCGCGUAA